AUGCUGCUUUCAUAUAAAUUCCAAAGGUUUUUCAAAAGAGUACUGAUCCCUUUUGCGGUGCUGCUAUACAUAGUGCUGUCAUUUUUCAGUCUCCAUACAAGAAAUAUUUAUCACAACGGGUUACAUCAACUUGAACCUUAUAGAGGCGGUCCAUUCGAUGAUAUCAAGAAAAUCAAAUGCUAUAGAUGGUAUGGUCAUUGUAAUCAAAUCAUUGAGAAUUCAGAUUAUGACAAUGGUGAUAUUAUUUGGCAUAGAGUGGAUAAAAAUCUAGAUCUAAAUGGUGAAAGCCCCAGUUCUUGGUCAUUUUAUCGAGAAUAUCUUUAUGUCCAUAUUUCUACAAAGAAAAGAUUCAAUUCCCCAGGUAGGGCAAUAGUGGAUCUUGCCAUAGGGGAUCAAUCUUCAAAAGAUCCACCGUUUUAUGUUGUUAAUGAUGCUCAAUCUAGAAGUGGUCGUCCUAAAUCAAGACUAGAUGUUACUUAUAAUUACAACAAUUGGGAACUAAGAUUUGAUGGGAUCUGGGCUAAAUAUGAUAAAUCAAACUCAGAAGACGCUAUAACAAAUGUGCAAUACCUGUUUGGUAAUGACAUUAUUGAACCAAGAGCUGAUUGGACAUUGGUUAAUGGUAAUAUAAACUCUAAUGCUAAAAUAACGGUACAUCGUGGCCCAUUAAAUGAAAAAGGUGAUAUUUUAAAGAAAGUGCCAAUCUUACUACAACAGAAUGAUGAAUUUAAAAUUUUACAAGUUUCUGAUUUACAUUUCAAUUCAGAUUUUGGUACAUGUAAAGAUCAAGUCAAUGAAGAACAUGGCUGUAAGGCAGAUGCUAAAACUUUAAGUUUCCUUCAUCAAGUUCUUGAUUUAGAAUCUCCAGAUCUUGUUGUGCUCACAGGUGAUAUUAUUGAUGGUUUCAAUACAAUGGAUUAUCAAACUGCAAUACUUAAAGCAUUAUCACCAUUUAUCUCAAGAUCGAUUCCAUUUGCAAUCGCUUUGGGUGAAAAUGACAAAAACCAGUAUGCUUCAAGAGAGGAGAUCAUCAAUUUCAUAAUGGAAUUACCUUAUUCUAUGAUGGGUAAUAAUGACCCAAAACAACAUCAUAAUUCCAUCUCUGGAGAUAAAACAAAUUAUGCAUUAAGGAUCUAUGAUAGCAAAAAUGACCAUUUACAAAAUGUCAUCUAUAUACUAGAUAUUUUCCAAGAAGAUGUCAAUCAACAAGAGUUUCUAAAACAAACUUUUGAUUCAUUCACUGAAAAACCAAAAUUUUCAUUAGAAUUUCAACACCAUCCAAUACAACAAUAUAGACCAAAAUCAGCAUUUGCCAUAGUGGGUGCUUAUAAUGAAAAAAGCAAAUUGAAAAUAAAGACAAAUCCACAAAUAAGACAAACCCUAAGUGAUAUCAAUGUCCAGGCAAUGUCUGUUGGUCACGAACACACUAAUGAAUGCUGUAUCCAUAGUGAAGAUAAAGAUAACAAACUGAAACCCCUUUGGUUAUGCUAUGGUGGUGGAACUGGUGAAGGUGGUUAUGGUAACACUAAAAUCAAAUAUGAAAGAAGAGUACGGUUGUUUAGAAUGAAUACUCAAAAAAUGGAGAUCACAUCUUGGAAACGGAAACAGAGUGAGCCUUCUUCAGUGUUUGACUACCAAUACAUUUACAAUUAA